AUGAACUCGCCCGUUACAGUCCGUUCCAUCCUUUGCGAAGGACCAUGGGUUUGGAAUGACGGCGCAAGUGAAGUUACCUUUCACGAGAAUGGAACAGGGAAGCUGUUCUGCUCUACCGAGUACACCUGUUGGAUCUUUGCCGAGAUCGACUGGAAGCCGCACAAUCCUGCGUCUCUCGAUCAGGUCAUCGAUCUCUGUAACAAUAGGAAGCAACCAACAAUCCUGGCAGACUUGACCAUCGAGAUGACCCUCACGACGCGCCGACCACCCGAUAUUUGGUGGAAGGGCAAAGUCAAUGAGGACUGGCUAAAUGAAGAGGCGUUUCGCGCAAAGACCUAUCGUAUAUCGCUGGAGCACGGCCGGUUUCGGAACCAGUUCGACGUCAAGCAUAACGUACGAAAUGGCGCACGAUAUGCCCUACGCAUAGUAUUCGAUCCCUCGCCGUUUCCGCCCGGGGAGGAGUGGAAUCACGAGAGUUCUGGACCGCAUGUAAUGAGACUCUGGGAAUGUACAGAAUUUAACGCUAGAAGGUAUUCCGAGGAAGAACUGACCGGAUGGGAAAGGCUGGUGAACUGGUAUACCGAAUGGACGUCGUGA